AUGCUUAAUUUAGUUGAAGACGAGAUCACGAUUAGUAAACACUUUACAAGUUACUUGACAAAAACGAAAGUCUGGCAGACUAUUUUACAUACAGAGCGUUCGCAAGACGUAAAAACUCUGGCGAAAGGCUCAACACAACUCUGGCGGAUUGUGAUGAUCUGUCUGAGGGAGCUAAGGGUAUUGUAUAUUGCUUUCCGAUUCAGGAUAAAGUUAAUAUGCCUUCAACUGGGCAACCUCGAUCAACUUUUUCCGCAAGGAGAAGGGGACAUCGAGAGUCCAUCGAACGGCUGUUGGAUCAAGUUAUUCAGCCACAUAUUAUGGCAAAGAUGGAAUAUUGAACCUCUAACACGCAAAACUUCCAAAACGAUUCAACAAGUACUUAAAAAAGAUGAAGGACGAAGCUGGGAUUGCAAAAGGGACAUGUUGGUUGAAAUUUCUAAUUGCAAGAACACGUCUGAACUUGAGACUCUUUUAUCUACAUGGUACUCCAAGAAAAAUCUAUCUUCAAAUUGUAAAUACAUCAGAUGCGCUUUGUCUGCGAGUGUUCAGCUUUGGUCAACAAAGGCUUUGCUUAAUAGAACUCAUGGUGAAGACUGGUUUCGGCUGCAUGUAUAUUCAAAUGUGUGGGAUAAGGCUUUCCUCGAUGAUGAAGAGCUUGAAACCAAGCGCUCUGAAUGUGUGAGUCAGGUUACGAAGAUUUUAAAGGAAGCUAAAAAAGACGUUAAACUACAACGAUUGGACUUCAUUUUACGUGAUAUGAAUAAUGACACCGAUGUUUUGACAGUAGAAGAAAAGCCGUCUGUAAAGGGCGUGAAGGCUGAUAUUAGAAAGGGAAAUAUGUUGAAAAAACAUGCACUUUACUUAUGGUCUAAACAAGUUGACAGCAGUGUUCUCACGGAAAAGUUGGAAGCUAUAUCUUGUCAAUGGCAAAGCACAAAGUUUACAAUUUAUGGAUCUCGGCUACUGCCUUCUGAUACAAUGCUUAUCUACAAAAAAGGAAUGAAAUUAAAUUAUGCCAAGUUCAACUUCAUUCUGGAGGAAAAGUACAAAAACGAGGUCAAGACGCUGAACUUUGCUGAUGAUAUCUUUAAUGAAGUUAGUUUUAUAAGCAACAGCACCAACAGUGACGGAGAAUAUGAGAACGGGUACCAUGAAGAAAAUGAACCAGAAGAUGAAGACUUUGUUAAAAAUACGAAGGUGAUGCUAGACGGGUUGAAGGAAGACGAAAAAGGUUUGAAGCGUUUUCAUGACUGGGAGGACAUGUUGUUGUUUGAUUGCUCAAAGCGUAGAAAAACAAGAAACAAGUAG